UGGGUUUUGGUUUUUGUUUUGAUGGAGAUUACUGGGUGAGGAAGUCGUAGAUCAGAGUGGAGCCGGAGUAGAUGGACUUAUCGUUCGUGUUUAUCAUAUUCUAGUCAGUUCUUUGCAUCUUUCAGGUUGCUGACUAUUUCUCUCUAUCUCUUUCUUUUUGGUGUUUAUCAUAUUCUAGUUGUGAUGGGGAGGUUUUCUCACAAAUCAAAAGGAUUUAAGGUAUUGGGUUCCCUAUCAAAUGUUAAGAGAGUUUAGAGGUUUUACUGUGCACCACCAUUGCGUGAUUCAUCCAUGGAGGACGGUGCAAAGCUAAGCAUAUACAAGGCCGUGAGGAGCAUAAAACGCAGAGAUAAUACUCUCUACAAUGCCCUUAGGUCAAUUUAUGAGGACUCUAUUUUCGUCGGCGAGAUCUCUCAGCUAUGGCCGGAGCUUCCUCUUCUCGCAAAUCUUCGUUGCGGCCUCUGGUAUUCCCCGAAGUUUCACUCCACUUGUUACUUUAAGUCCACCGACGGCCACACCAACAACUGCUCUUUCAGUACUUCACGCCUUAAUCUUCACGUCGCGCUCUUAGCUGGACAAAUGGGAGGGUGUAUUAUAGUCGAUUCCACUCGGAGAGGGAAGCGGUUUCCUGAUAGCAUGUCCAAAACCAUUCCCAUUUGGACUUGUGUUUUGAAUCGGUCUAUAAGCAAACAUUUAAACAAAAUCCAUGACAAUUCAUUGGAGCUAGGGGAUCCCUCCACUUCUGAUGUGCUGGCUGAAAAUGGAAGGAAACCUGCUGCUGAUUGGGACUGUUCCUUACAUCUUCCCCUCUGGGUUUCUGGCACUGAGAAAGCUAUGAUUGAAGAACACCUUGAAGAAUGGACAAAACAGUUAGAUGAUAGCAGAGCUGAUGUCGCCACACUAGCAUCCACCCUGAAAAAACCAUUGCGCCCCUUGUGGAUUUCACAGAGAUCUGUAAUCUGGUUAAACGAAGUCCCCGAUCACGAUUCUUGGGAUUUCACGCCCAUUAUACUUGUUUCUGCUUCUUUCUCUAUCGGUGUGGUUCAACAGAGGACAACCACGGAGUUUAGCUGGAACUACAUCGCCGGAGCUGGAGAUGAUGAAGAAAGUUGGGCAAGAGGCUUGUCUCCUAAUCUAUUCUGGAAUCAUGCACAUGAUCUUAUGAGCUCUGGACCUGAUGUCUGUAAUCAGAAGGUAGCUGAAAUAGUCGAAAAGGAUAGAGUAUAUCGAACUCUAAGGGGAAAUGAUGUGCCUCAGAUCAGUGUUAAAUCUCAGAAGCUGGGGGGAUCCUCAACUCAAGUCCCACCUAUUGAGCAGAUGUUAACUUUGGAUAUAUCUGAUGCUAAGAUAACGAAAUCCUCUAAUGGAAAUUGUGCAUUAUCUUGGCUUGGUUCAACUAAUCUUGCUGUAGGCUCAUCUCAAUAUGCAGUGACUGCAUCCGACGUUGAUUGCAUCUUAAAUUGUGAUCAAGAGUCUGUAUCUGUUUGCCUUCCAAAAGCAGAAGCUUAUCUUCAUCUACCUAUGGUGAUGUCGAAACUGGAUCGCUUUUCUCUAUCAAGAAAUCUUCCUUCUGCAGUAGCAUUUGCAAAGUCAAAUCUUUGCCUAGGGAAAAGACUUCUAGUCUGCUGUAGCAAUGGGGAAGAUAUUAGCAUAUGCGUUUGCUUGGCGAUAUUGACUUCUAUAUUCGAUGACAAAGGAACUUUCGAUUGUGGGAAAUCUUUCAACAAGACUCGCAUUACUAAAUUGGAAAUGAGGAGACGGCUCGUAUACAUCUGUAAAUUUGCAACAGAUGCAAGGCCUUCCAGAGGAAAUUUGAGGCAGGUUUUCAAUUUUCUUAGUGGGGGAAGAACUAAUAUUGCAUCAAGAUCGCCCUAAAACAGUCCCUUUACAGGUUUUCUGAUUGGUUUUAUUGCACUAUUUAUGAGGCCACCAGCCCCUGAUGGGAGGUGAAGAGAUUUUCAAUUAUUUUUAAAUAAUUUUUAAACUGACCUUUUGAGUAGAAUUUUUAAUAUUAUGCAUCCCCAUUUUACUUGAGUGACUAAACUUAUGUUGACCUCAUUACAUUUUCAAUAUUUAUGAUGGUAACUAUAUUUUUAUUUAUCUUAAAAAAAUAAGUUGGUGGGAGUGGAAGAUCAAACCACACCUGGAAA